CUCGUAUUGUAAUCUCUCCUCAGUCCAGCGUGGUUCCUUCAGAAAGGCGCUGCAUCUUCUCCGCGCUGCUGUGGUUUAUGAGGAGCCGGUGACAGUGAUGAACUCCGAGCAGGAACGGCCGUUCGUGUGCAGCGCUCCGGGCUGCUCUCAGAUGGCUGGGUUGGAGCAUCUUCAAAAUGAAAGGCAGCGUUUCCCCACAGAGGACCAUUUAAUGAUUCACCGCCACAAGCAUGAGAUGACCCUUAAAUUCCCCUCCAUUAAAAACGACAACAUGCUCUCAGACCAGACGCCGACGCCGACACGUUUCCUGAAGAACUGUGAGGAGGUGGGACUUUUCAGUGAGCUGGACUGUUCCAUCGAGCAGGAGUUCUGCAAAGCUCAGGAGGAGGAGGACAGUAAACAGAAUAUCGCUCUUCACGGACAGCAAGGCCCCAACCAGCACCAGCAAUCACACCCCAGAAUGGCCAACCAUGAGAACAGCAUAGUGAUCCAGCAGGCCCUGCCCUCACCCCAGUCCAGCUCAGUCAUCACUCAGGCGCCCUCCACCAACAGACAGAUCGGGCCAGUCCCCGGUUCCCUGUCAUCACUGCUGCACUUGAGGAACAGACAGCGACAGCCUCUGCCUGCCUCCAUGCCUGGCACUCUGCCAGACCCCACCAUGCAGGGAUCGUCCGCCGUGCUCAUGCCUAUGGAGAGACAAAUGUCCAUGGCAUCCAACAUGAUGGGCAUGCAAGUCCCCCCUCACAGCGGCUCCUGCUCCUCCCCUCACGUCCCAUCCAUGCACUCAGAGGCAAAGCUGAGACUGAAAGCUGCUCUGGCUCACCAUCCGGGCCCCAUCGCCAAUGGAAACAUGAACACGAUGGGUCACAUGAUGGAGAUGAUGUCUUCGCGGCAGGAGCAGGGCAACCACCAUCACAUGCACUCACACCCUCACCAGCACAUGCAGGCCCCCCCUCAUGGCUAUCCUCACCACCCCCACCACCACAGCCACGGCCAGAGUGGCCACCAUCACCCACAGAGCCACGGGCACCACAACUCUCACCCGGUUCACCUCCACCCCGCACACGGGCACCAGACGUCACCUCACCAGCAAAUGCACUCCGCUGCCUCUCAGUUAUCCCCAGCUGCACAGCAAAUGCAGCCAACGCAGACGAUGCAGUCUCCGCCGCCCAGUGGAGGCAGGCGCAGGCGGGUAGUGGACGAGGACCCUGAUGAGCGACGGAGGAAGUUCCUGGAGAGGAACCGGGCGGCUGCUACGCGCUGCAGGCAGAAGAGGAAAGUGUGGGUGAUGUCUCUGGAGAAGAAAGCUGAGGAGCUCACUCAGACCAACAUGCAGCUACAGAAUGAGGUAACCAUGCUGAAAAACGAGGUGACCCAGCUCAAGCAGCUCCUGCUGACCCAUAAAGACUGUCCCAUCACGGCUAUGCAGAAAGAGUCGCAAGGUUACCUCAGUCCAGAGAGCAGUCCGGCAGGAAGUCCUACUCCUGUCACCCAGCAGCAGGUCAUCCAGCACAACACCAUCACCACCUCCAGCACGGCGCCCAAUCACCGCACAGACAUCAACCCCAUCCACUAGAGACUGACCACAUCCUGGACAAGCCCCAGAAGUGGACACUCUCACAGCUGCACCAUGAGCUCCACAAGCAGACGCACAAGUCUGUGCCUCUGUGGCAACUCUUUCUUCCAUUUGUAUUUAGUUCUUGUAAAAUCUUAUGAGUUUAUUUUGUCUUUUUUUUCUGUUUGGUUUUGUCAUUUGGAACUAGCUUAAAAAAAACGAAAGCCUUCCAAAUUCAUCCAGUGCUGAUCUGAGUAUCAUGACUGGUUUCACACAUUAGGUACAGCUUCGAGGGGUUGCCGUGGUCUCACAGAACAAGAUGGAGCUCGGAGGCUCUUGCAAUUUCUGUACGUUUAACUGAUUCACUGACUGGCCCUUCGUCAAAUACUACUGCCUUCACACUUAUGCAACACGGUCCGAUUGUAGCCAUGAUGUGUGCUUUCUCUUUACUCUGAACUGUAAUGCCAAAAGAAAGUUGUUGCUGUGUUCUUUUCUACUAAGGAUUCAUGAAAUGAAUUCUUCUAUCCCCUUUUGAUCUUUACUUCUAUCCUCCUUGAUCCUCCUGAUCUCCAAAGUGAAGAGCUAAAGGCCUCAGCAUACUUCCUGCAGAGUUGAGGUUCACUUGGCUUUGCUUGUCAUGUAGUGCACGUAGAAGCUAGUUGAACUCUACAGAUUAAUAAAAAGAGCCACAACACCUGUGAUUCAUCGUCAACAAAAAGUUAAAAAUAAAAGUUUAAAAAAAUGCAAGCUCAUAAGCUCUUGAAGGUGCAUCUGGCUUAGUGCAAUGCUCACAGGACGUAUGCUGAUGCUUUAAGAAAGUUGUCUGACUAAUAAGCCAUGUCGCAUUGAUAGCAAUGCUAGGUGCAAGCAAUAUACUGUACAUCUCAUUGACGUAUGCUCAGCAAUGUGCCUGUUUUUUACGUUUCCUAAAAUGUAGUCACAAACUCACUGCAUUUAUUUGGCUCUGCUGCUUUCAGCUUUGAUAAGCCCUUAAGAAAUGCAGCAGGCCUCUAUCAUUAACAGGAUUUUUUAAUAGAAUUACAUUGGUGUGUUCAGUCAUUCGUCAGUCGCUGAAGUCUAAGCACUUGCCUCGUUGAUCAUGUGUCAGAUUUCUGGUCAUGCCCAGAGUGAAUGAGCCUCUUGCGCUGUCCCCUGGAGACGUCUCUGCUUUCCGAGACCUCAAGGCCUUCCUAUAAUCCAGCAUCUUGCCAUAGCCAUCUACAGCCAUGAGGCUAAAAGGAAAGAGGGGGAGAAAACUGGACAAAAAUAAUAACCAAGUUAAAUAAAUAGUCUGUAUAGUAACAAAAUAAUAUCCAGUAACCAACGUCUGUGUAUUUAAGACUGCUUGGUCAUCAUCCUGUUAGUUUAAUACCACUAAGCACUCUACAAAAUCUAUGUAUGGAUUUACAGCUCUGAGCAUGGCCAGAAGACUCUGUCUCUGAGCUGCCCGUUCCUGGUCUUGCGCCACCAUCCAGAAUGGCCUGUGUGAGGAAGGGGAGACCUAUCUGAAUUAACAAGAAAAAAAUAUAUAUAUUUUUUAUCUUUAAGGGUCCAUAUCAUACAACUGCACUGCACUGUCCUCAGUUUUAUUUAAAAAUAAACAUCUGUAGUAGCUACACUAUUUAGAAUGAAUUGUUUUAUGUUCAUGAAUCAUUAAUAUACAAAUUAUUUAAUUUUGUGCUUCAUACAUACAUUUUAAAUGAAUAUUCUGCCUUCAGCUGUUCAGCCUGCUUCUGCCAAAAUUUAAAGUUCUAGGUUAUAAUUUUUAACAUAAUCCCAGGUUAGCAAAACCACUAGAUAUAUAGCUAUUGGGAAAAAUAAGAGACCACUUAAAGCUAAACUGCUUGAAUUUUUGCACCAAGAGUGUCAUAAAGUUCUCCAAAAGCAGUGUGUAAGACUGGUGGAGGAGAACAUGCCAAGAUUCCACCAAAUAUGUUUUUUCUGAACUUUAUGAAUAUGAGCUUUUUUUCUUUGCGUUAUUUGAGGUCUGAAAUCUUUUUUUGUUAUUUCUGCCAUUUCUCAUUUUCAGCAAUUAAAUGCUCUAUAUGACAAUAUUUUUAUUUGGAAUUUGGGAGAAAUGUUGUCUGUAGUUUAUAGAAUAAAACAACAAUGUUCAUUUUAGUCAAACAUAUACCUAUAAAUAGCAAAAUCAGCGAAACUGAUUCAAAAACUGAAGUGGUCUCUUAUUUUUUUCCAGAGCUGUAUGUAUUGUUGCACAAUUGAAACACCAUUAAACCCUGUGCAACUGCUUUAAUGACAUUAAAAAGGAAAGUGCUUGGUGAAACUCUUCUGACCAUCAGAAUAGAAAAUCUGACUUGUGGAGAUGUUCCAGUUAACAUUUCUUACAUUAUUAGAACCACAGCAUUAAAACAUUCCGCUUCAUUACAGAUGGAAAAUGGUUAAGGCCAUUUAGCCAGUUUAAUUAUUGAUAUUUAAUGAUUACUGUUAUUGAAAAAUGUAAUGCAAUAAAUAGCAGGAUAUGGGCCCUUUAAGGUUCACUCUCUUCAAUUUAAGUCUCCCUCUGUAGAUCAUUCAAUACAGCUAUUUAACAGCAGGCAAUUUGUUAUCUGGAUUGUAACACCUAAUUGUGUGCAGGACAGUGGAUGGGCAGCUCUGCUUUACAUGGACCAAGCAAAAAAAACCUCCGUAGAAGUCUGUAGACGAUUCUGUUGAGUAUGUAAAAGAAUACACUACAGAUUCUACAGAGGUCUAUGGGAGGUUCUGGAAAUGUGCUGCCAUACUGGAAAUCUUUGUAUAAACAGGCAGCCCAUUAUUAGCCUGAGGACAUUCCAAUAUCAAAUCUUUCACUUUGCCCGUUCUUGUGUUCAUAUUUUGGGUUGUUUGUGCAAACGACCUCUUUACCUCAGGAUUGCUUAGUCAAAGACUUUGACCCGAAACUGGCCACAGUGGAUUUACAGUAAGUGGCUCAGUAGGGCUGAGUGAGGCCCUGAUGAGGUUGUGGCUAUUAGCUGGCCUUUAGCAUCGGUUUAACUUUGACUUACAAUCUAUUACUUUAUGUUCAGCUGUCUGCCUUUAAGAGGAUGUAGCCUUUUACUAUUUCUAAGUAGGUACCUAAUCUAUCUGAACUAUGCUUUCCAAAUCUCACAACGUGCCUGAACUAUUCUGUGUCUUACCCAUAUGCAGAAGAAUGUCAGUCAUUAUUAACACGUUUGUUCAGUGAUUGUAUUUUUUUUUCUUUCUUUUGUUUGUUAUUUUCAAUUCAGGUAGUAGUGAUGAAGCUUUUGUGUCUUUUUUAGGCUCUUUUGUAAAUGUCUAGAACUAAUCGCUUGGUUGCUUUAAGGGGUUUUGUCGUGGAUUCAUUUUGGUGUUGAUGGACAGUGACGUGGGGCUGAGCGUGGAGGCCUGCGAUGAGAUAAAAGCACCUUGAAGUUCUUCUUGGACGUAUGGAUGUUUUUUCAGACCUCCUUUGGCUUCCGUGGCUUGAUUGUCGUUCUAAGGAAGAAGGAGAAAUGCACCAAAAUGUUUCCCACCCAAAGGAUAAAAAAGGGCCUUUCUUCCAGCAGCUAAGCUCUGAACUCUGUUUCACGUAUCUCACAGAUCACUGAGGACUUCUCACCCCUCUUAAAUGGAACAUAUUGAUUCCCUUCGCCUUUCCACACAGCGCUUUGUCCGGAACGGGAGCGUGCUAAACAACCUCCACAUUGAGAGGAGAAAUCAUGUAGCUGUCUAUGCACUUUGACCUCUGCCAGUCCAGCAGAGGAUGGAAUAGCCAUAUUAUUGAAGACUCAGCGAUUAUUCUGUUCCCACACCAGCGAGAGAUAGCCACUGUUAUCGUCUAGAGACAAUGGCGCCCACAGCCUUUUGUAACCCACUCCCCUUUAAAGAAGAAGAAAAAAAAAAACAGGAUCGACUCUCUCGUAAUGGGUCUUCCUACUGUACUGGAAUACAAAAAAAAACAUCCAGUGUCUCUCCCAGCCUUCAGCCUCAUAUCAGGACUUUGGGAUAGACUGGCUCAGACAGAUGCUUUAAAUAGAUAGCUUUAAAACAUUUCAGAAGUCUGUCUCUCUAUCUGCAAACGUUUGUGGGUAGCUUGUUUUUUCACACUGUGAAGGUUGCUGAUGGUAUUAAGGUAUCAAGAAAUGGAGCAGCAGUUUUAUUUGUAUUGAGUGUUAGUCCUCAUCCGUCAUGUUUGAUCAGAUUCCAGCAGCAGUUUCCCAAGUCUAACCAUGCAUGUAUCAAUGGCAACACUAUUGGCCAGUUUCUGAGAUAGAGAUUAAGCCUAGUCCUGAGCAGUUUUCUGCAAAGAAAUGAAUCACCUAAAAAUAUAUAUUCUAUUUUCUAUUUUUUAUUUUAAAUAGAAAUCUUCCAUUGAAAAUAAAAUAGGCUUAAUCCUUGUACUGGAUUACGCUGCAUCUUUCACUGAAAAAAGUAAUCUAUGACUAAAUUUAAGCCUUUUCAUGGAAUACACAGCAUUGUGAAUGUAAAAUAUUCCAAUAACAGCAACAAAUAGCCCAUGAUUAGGGUUAAUAUUUGUCCUAGACCAUUUAAUUGGAAAUCUUUCACUGAAACGAAAAUGGAUAUUAUUGGACUAGACUUUAUCCUUGUCCUGUACUAAGCAACAGUUUAAAUAGAAAUGUUCCACUGAAACAACUUAGCUUAAUUCUUGUUCUGCAUUUUGAAGAGAAAUCUUCUAUAAUAUUGAAAACAUAGAUAUGGUAAUUUUUCCAGACAGGGAUUAAACCUAGUUGGAGACUCUAUUUUGCUUUUAAUGAAAACUCUCCAUUCAAAAUGCUAGGUUCAUACCCUGUCUGAGAAACUGACCCAUAUAGUCUUAUACUAGGCGUAAUCCUUAUUAUAGAGAAUUCUAGGUAGAAUUUUCUUUCACUGAAAAUAAAUAUAUAAUCCUGAACUAGGCUUAAUCCUGUUGAGGAAACUGGAUAAUAGUACUUUAAACCAGCACAUGCUAAAUGUUAGCUUUGGGAAAAAAAUGAGUUUUAGCUGUCUUUCAGUGUUUCAGUGUUGAAUGGUCUGUUACAGUUUAAUCUGAUAACAUGUAUUUGACAGCAGUAUGUUGGUGUCAUCUCCGUGGUUAAUUUCUGGAUGGCAAACUAGUUAAUUCAACCAGUGUGAGGUGAUCACUACUGCUGCCAUACGACAGAUUAAAAAUACAAGUGUUCUUACUCUCAGUCUUUACAUUCUCAUUCUCCUGGACGUUCAGCAAUGCAUGUGCAUUUAUUACAGGCUGAUCUGGAGAGUCUGGAUUUAAAUCAGUCUUUAUGGAGGACUAUAUGGUUGUUGUUGGGUACAAUUAACAUUGCUUGGAUCUCAAGCUAUCCUGGAGUUGCAAAGUUAAGUUAAACAACCAUCGGACGUCCUGCCAGGUUUCAUCUUCUCUGUCUUUUCUCUGUCUUUUAAAUGAUACCAGAUUGGGUUAAAGUCUGCUUAGGACGGGGACGUCACCUCUGAACUGAUUGAGGCAGAGGAGCAAAACACACUUAAAUCAACUGGAAUAAUCUGUAAAAGUGCUCUCUUUCUCUCAAAAAGGAAACAAAUAUAUGUGUUUAAUCUCAAACUUGUUGGUUUGCCCGUGUGGACGUUGGUCCUUUUGUCCUUUUUAAAAUGAGCGGAUAGGUUUGUCUUUUGUAUCAGCGUUCUAAGGCAACAGAGGGAAAUGUGUGUGUAUGUCUGUGCGUGUGAAUGUUUGUAUGUGUGUGUGUUUUGUUUGUGAGGUGGAGGAAUGAGUAUGCAUUAAUAAAACUAUAAAUGUAUCAUUUGAAACAUAAAACUAUAAAUAUUGUAUAGAUUCUCAUUAAUUUCUGUAAUCUUGCUCAUGUAAUGCAACCACCUUUCUUUUUGAAAGGAGUCAAUGUUUGGUACAUGUUUGUAAAUAAUGUCUGCGUAGCACUUGCGGUUUUUAAAUGUACGUCUGUUCAUUUCUGUGCUUAAAUCUCCCAUUGUUUAUUACAAGUCAUGAAUUCAGACAUGCCUGCAUAACUUUGUACAUUUUAUAUAUGUUCAUUAAUGCCUUGAAUGUUUGUGUUUGCUCAUUUGUUUGUUUAUGCAUAUGUACAGAUGUGAGAUCACAGCAGCUAUAUUACAGUAUGGAAAUAAAGCACUUGUUGGGUAACAA